AAAACAUUUCUCCAUUUGCGUAUGCCCUCCCCGCGUCUCUAAAACUGUCGACUGGCCGAGUUUCGCCGCCCUACCGCCGGAGUUCACCUGCUCUUUCGAUGGCAAUUCUCUCUGAUUACGUAGAGGAAAACCAGAUGCAGACGACAUCAAUGAAGCUGCUUACCGCCUCAUUCGAUCUGCCAAACCCUUUAGGGUUUCUGGAAAAGGUCUUUGAGUUCAUGGCGCGAGAGAGCUUUUUAUUCAAGAGCUAUUCCUUGAUAAAGGACAUUGAAUGCUGUGGUUAGAAUGGUGAGGGAGAAAUUGGUUGUCGAGGAGAAGAAGAGGAAAGAAUUGAAGACUGAACUAAGUGCAAAAUCUGAAAAGAUAGUGGAGGAGCUACCAUGGGCUAUAGAUGUGGAAAUGGAAGAGUUGAAGCCGGAAGUCAAGUAAAAGGAAAGUGUUAUUAAAGAUGAGGAGAAAAAAGGACCUCAAGUUGUCUCGUUCCAGAAGGAAAAGGGAGAAGCCCUCACAACUCGCUAGUCGCUGCCGCCCCUCUCCCUCGACCGACGAUUUCUUUUCAAGAAUUUAAAGGGAGUCAUCAAGAUUCGAGGAUUUGUUUUCUUCUCGUCAAUCGUCCCAUUUGAUGUUAUCAAAAAUGCAGUCAACUCCUAACAAAGGCAAUGGUCUUGAUAUGGAUAAGUACUAUUGGGGUCAAACUUUGCAAGAGGCAAAUGUCGUUGUUCCUGUACCUCCUGGAACAAAGUCAAGUUUCAUUGUGUGUGAAUUUAAGAAGAACCAUCUUAAAGUUGGUCUCAAAGGUCAUCCUCCAGUUAUUGACGGUGAACUCUUCCAGCCUAUUAAGGUAGAUGAUAGCUUCUGGACUUUAGAGGAUAAGAAAUCUGUCUCAAUCCUCCUUACCAAGCAGAACCAGAUGGACUGGUGGAAGUAUCUGGUGAAGGGUGAACCAGAGAUUGAUAUCCGGCAAGUAGAACCUGAAACCAGCCAACUUUCAGAUUUGGACACCGAAACACGUUCAACGGUGGAAAAGAUGAUGUUUGACGAACGACAAAUAUCCAUGGGCCUUCCAACUAGUCAUGAAUUGCUGAAGCAAGAGAUUAUAAAAGAUAUAUUUGGCUGAGCAUCCAGAGAUGGAUUUUAAGGGGUAGAAGUUUGCUAGUGAGCCGGAGAGGGCUUUCUGGGCUGGUUAUGUUGCUUCUCAAUAUUAUACCUCUGUCGAUAAAAACUAUUGGUAAUCCUUUUGGGCUUCUCGAUUGACUUUUAAACUGCUUUGUUUUUGUGUAACUUUUUUCUCCUGGUCCAUCUGAGAGGCUUCUUUUUAAUAUCUUUCGUCUAUAUGAACCCGUUUACAGUAUUGAACAUAGUGUUAUAUUAUAACUUUACUGUUACUCAACUAUUUUCAUUAAA